UUAAAUCAUGGGACCCAGAGCGAUGCCCCACUCCACAGUGACGUGGCAGAAACAAAGUGCCGCUCACCGGUACGGUAACGGUUUACACACCUGCGCGACGAGCGCCAUUCUAGAUCUGAACAAUGGACACAUAAACCAAAAUUUGCUCAACGUUGGUCAAGUUCAAUUCAAUCUCUGUGCUAUAGCAAUUCAGCAAGACCAGAUCUUUACAUCUCUCCAUAACCAAUUCGCUGUUCAAUUUGAAGAAAAUGGAGGUCGAAAAUGCUGAUGACGCAUCUACGGUGGCGAGCCUUCUCCCUCUCGCCUGCGUCUCUCAGCAGCCCUACGUCUCUGAGCUUCUCUCCUUCACUCUCGAUCGUCUCCAUAAAGAACCUGAGUUACUGCGAGUUGAUGCGGAGAGGAUUCAAAGGCAAAUGCAGGAAGUAGCGGUGGGCAAUUACCGUGCGUUCAUUGCCGCUGCGGAUGCGUUACUUGCAAUUAGAGAGGAAGUGACUUCUAUUGAUAAACAUCUUGAAUCCCUGAUAAAUGAGAUCCCAAAGCUGACAUCUGGUUGCACAGAAUUCAUCGAAUCGAUUUUAGAGGAGAGGAAGAUGAACCAAACAUUGUUAGCAAACCAUAGUGCAUUGCUGGAUUUGCUUGAAAUUCCUCAACUUAUGGACACAUGUGUGAGGAAUGGAAAUUAUGAUGAAGCUCUAGACUUGGAAGCAUUUGUUUGCAAACUCUCAACAAUGCACCCCAAGUUACCUGUUAUUCCGGCACUAGCUGCAGAAGUUAGGCACACCACCCAAUCUCUUUUGUCUUAGCUUCUUCAGAAACUUCAAUCUAACAUCCAGUUGCCUGAAUGUCUGCGGAUUAUUGGCUAUUUACGUUGAAUAGGAGUAUUUAGUGAGUAUGAAAUGCGUUUGCAGUUUUUGAAAUGUCGAGAGGCAUGGCUUACUGGUAUUCUGGAGGAUCUGGACCAGCGAAAUGCUUAUGAGUACUUGAAAGGGAUGAUAAAUUGCCAUUCGCAUCUUUUUGAUGUUGUUAACCAAUAUCGAGCAAUAUUUGCUGAUGACACAUCUGGAAGUGAGGAAAAUUAUGAUGGUGGGCUUCUUUUUAGUUGGGCUAUGAAUCAGAUUACCGCACACCUUAAAACUCUUAAAGUUAUGCUCCCAAAGAUAACUGAGGGUGGGUCUCUGUCUAAUAUUCUGGACCAAUGCAUGUAUUGUGCCAUGGGACUUUGCUGGGUUGGCCUGGAUUUUCGGGGCUUGCUUCCCUCACUUUUUUAAGAAGCUGUUCUCAACUUAUUCUCAAAGAAUAUGAGUACGGCAGUUGAAAAUUUUCAGUUAGUUCUGGAUUCACAUCGCUGGGUUCCACUACCAGCAAUUGGCUUUCCAACCAAUAGUCUUGGUGAAGAAAAUCAAGAAGAUGUGACUCCACCAUCUUAUUUAAUGGAACAUCCACCUCUUGCUGUGUUUGUUAAUGGUGUAUCCGCUGCAAUGAAUGAACUACGUCCUUGUGCCCCAUUAAGUUUGAAGUUUGUUCUUGCUUAAGAAUUAAUUAAGGGCUUGAAAGCUGUUUCUGAUUCUCUUUUAAGAUACAAUGCAACUCGGAUGCUAAGAGAAAAUGAAUCUGGACUUUUUUCCUCACUUUGUAGAUCUUUUAUAGAGGUGGCUUACCCACAUUGUGCGACAUGCUUUGAUCGCUGUUACCCAGGGGGCACUGCUCUUAUCAUGGAUGCAAAGAAUUUAUAUAAUGGAAUUGACCGGCUCUUGGCAACCUCGCCAUCGAGAGAACUCCCAAGACCUGUCAAUAAUCCUGAAGAGAAAGUUAUGAUAAACAAUGGGGACAUGCCUGUGGUGGAAAAUGGGGUUAGUCCAAAUGUUGAACAAACACAAAGUAUCAUUGCAGAUGAGAAGGAGCAGAAAAGCCCCACUUUACAGACAGAUGAAAAGCAAACUGAUGCAUGAAACGCCAAAUGGAUACUUCAAUCCUGGUACACAACCAAACAAGAAAAUCCUGAUAGAGAACCACCAUUAGUUUUGUUUUUUAUUUUUAUUUUUAACUUUAGAUCUCGUCCCACCAUUUGUAAAAUUCUGUGAAAUGAUGUUCAUUAUUGUUAUUAUCUGUUGAGAUAUAGAAGAGGAAGAGACUAUUUCAUGGGGAUCUGAAUGAAGGCAUUUACUAAUUCACAAAGCUUGUUGUCUUGUAACAUUCUUAACAAGGCACAUUUUCACUCCAUUUUUCGUCGAGACAAAUGCAAGUAAAAUACUUCCGAUGUUUGAUUA